AUGGGUGGGGCUGGAGACACGUCUUCCCAGCUUAACCCACGAGAAUCGUUUCUUUGCGGCCUCAAUUCUUUCGUAUUAAUUCCGAAACCUAUCAUAGGAACCCAUAGGAAUGACGCACAAAUUAUAGGAAUAAAAAAAAUUCAGGAAAACCAAUUAUUAGCCAUGGUUGGGGCUGGAGACACUUCUUCCCAGCUCAACAGACCGGAAUCGUUUAUUUGCGGCCGGAAUUCUUUCGUAGGAAUUCCGAAACCUAUCAUAGGAAAUCAUAGGAUAGACGUUCUAAUUAAAGGAAUAAAAAAAAUUCAUGGAAACCAAUUAUUAGCCAUGGGUGGGGCUGGAGACACAUGUUCCCAGCCCCAUCCACCGGAAUCUUUUAUUUUCGGCCGGAAUUCUUUCGUAGGAAUUCCGAAACCUAUAAUAGGAACUCAUAGGAUUGACGCACUAAUUAUAGGAAUAAAAAAAAUUCAAGAAAACCAAUUAUUAGCCAUGGGUGGGGCUGGAGACACGUGUUCCCAGCCCUAG